GGAAGAGCCUGCGCUGCCCCGCUGCGCGUAAUCCCCCGUGGAUCUCCUCGGUCUUUACAAACAUGUCUUAUCGCAACGUUUCCAAAGAGGCUCUGGUAGGCUCUCUCGCUCUCGGGGUUGUUUUUGUCGCAGGAUAUUUCUUCGGAAAAAAAAAAUCGUUCAGAAUGAGCAUCUCCAAAAGUCAUGGUGAGGGGAAAGACAACCCACUGAUGCAGUAUGUGCUCAAUCAUUCGCUGAGGGAACAUCCGGUUCUGAAGAACCUCCGGCUGAGGACAAUGCAGGACUCCUGGAACAUCAUGAUGGUGGCCUGCGAGCAGGCGCAGUUCAUGGCCAAUUUGGCUAAACUGAUUCAAGCCAAGAAGGCACUGGAGAUUGGAGUAUACACUGGCUACAACACUCUAAAUAUGGCACUGGCCUUGCCUGAGGACGGAGUCGUGGUAGGGUGCGACAUCAGUGAAGAAUACACCAACAUCGGCAAACCGUUCUGGAAAGAGGCUGGAGUUGAGCAUAAAAUAGAUCUUCGCAUUCAACCAGCCCUGACAACUCUCGAUGAUCUCCUCUCCUCUGGGCAGGCCAACACGUUUGACUUUGUCUUCAUUGAUGCAGACAAAGUUAACUAUGACAAUUAUUACGAGAAGUCUCUGCUGCUGUUGAGGAAAGGAGGCAUCAUUGCUAUCGACAAUGUGCUGUGGGGAGGCAGGGUCCUGAAUCCAUCUCCCAACGAUGCCGACACUGUUGCCAUCGACAAGCUGAACAAGAAGCUGCACAGAGAUAUCCGUGUCACUCUGAGCAUGCUGAUGGUGGGAGACGGGCUGACGCUGGCCAUGAAACUUUAGACUUCGCUCCAUGUCUUUAAACACUUCAUUUGUGGGCAAACACUGGAGUACUUUAAAGUCAAACAUGGUAAAUGGGGGAUAUUAGGUGGUUAUUAAAUUUUUUUUGAUGAUUUGUUAGGUAGUUACUGCCUAAACAAUAUUGUCACAUAAGUUUUACGACCUUUAAUUUGUUGUAUUAGUCUUAUGGACAGCUAAUGAAUUUGACUUCAAGUCAAACAUUCCUUUUCCAUUGCACCACGUUGCCUAAUUGUGUAUUGUAAUAAAAACUAGAUGAGAAACA